AUGGGCAUGGGACCCGGACCCGCGCUCGGCAGGUUCAACCCCGGAGGAGGUUUCAAGCCGCCGGUGGACAUCUCGGACGCGAUGCGCCUGCCGCGCGUCGGCGCGCCGCCCCGCGGACCGGGAACGCCGCCCCAGGGGGAUGACGGGAUGGGUUUGGGCAUCGACGAUUUUCCCCCGCCUCGGCCCACGCCGCCAGGGUCGCGAGGAAACGGAGGCGCCGGACCGAACCGCGGGCCAGGACCACGCCGCCUCGGCACCCCGAACGACGUUCGCGAGCUCGAGGACAGGCUCGUCGCCGCGGAGUCCGCCGCGGCUGCGCACGCCAGCAGACUCCGAAACAUGGAGCGCCGCAUGGCAAUCGCGGAGGCGGCGAGGAAGGAGGACUCGGGCGGCGCGAGGGGCGUGACGGAGGCGCUGGAGCAGCGCGUGUCCAACCUGCAGAUGGAGAACGCGCGUGCGAACGGGCUCAUCGCGGAGCUGAAAGGGCGGCUCGACGCGACGGAGAGCGACGUGAAAGAGUCGAGGGCGCAGGCGAUGAGGGUGGAAGCCGCCGCGCAGGUGGCCACCGUCGCCGCCAGGGACGCCUUCGAUCAGAUCCAGCAGCGGAUCGGCAUAGAGCAGGGCUCCGACGCCAGACGACUCGAUCUGCUCAGCGCGGAGAUUGCGCGGAUCACGCGCGAGGUCGCGGACGCGCGGGGGGAGGAUGCCGCCAAGCGACAGAUCCUGGAGGCUAACAUAGCGCGAGUCGAGGGACAGAAGGCGGUGGACAACACGUCGCAGCAGUUCAUCGACGUCCGCCAGAAGCUCAACCAGACGGAGCUUCAGGUGGUGGCGCUCACCGAGGCGCUCCAGGACGAGCGGCGGCUCCGUUCCGAGGCUGAGACCCGCCUCGACGUCGCGAUCAAUCGGAUGGCAGAGCUCAACGACGCUCGGGAAGGAUCCAUGAUUCGCAAGUUCUCCGCGGAGCUCGAUAACGCGCGGCUCGAGCUGCAGCGCGCGCUGUCCGACGAGAAAGAAGAGGCCCAGACCCGCGACGACCACAUCGUUCGCGACAAGGACGAGCAGCUCGCGCAGUGGGAGAAGGCUGCCACCCGAGAGCGCGCGCGGAACCUCGAGCAUCAGCUCAUCCUCGAGAAGGCGGUGCGCGAGGAGCACGACCAGCGGGUGCACCAGAUGGACGCCCUGAACAAGGGUUUGGACCGCGUGAACCACGAGGUGACGCAGGCGCUGCGCGACGAGAUGCUGACGCGCGAGGCGAGGGAGAACAAGCUGCGCGGGCAAAUCUCUCAGUCGGUGUUGAAACUGCACGCCGCGAACAAGGACACGCGGGAUAAGCUGACGCGGGAGCGAGACGAGAUUCACGCCACGCUCAAGACGGAGAUCAAGUCGCGGAUGCACCAUCUCGCGCUGCUCGAGCGACACAUGAGGGACGCGCAGACGGAUACCAAGCAGACGAUUCGCAGCGUGGAGGUUUCCCUGGCGAACCGCAUCAACGCCACCGACCAGAAGGUUGACAUCGAGAUGAACAUGAUCCAGAAGCUCAUCGCCCGGCAGUCCAAGCUGGAGACGGACUUUGCCCGCUUCACCGAUGACAUCGUCGCCGCGUUCGAGAACAUGCAGGAGGACAUCACCGUCGCCGCGGUGUCGCAAGCGAUCAACACCGAGUGCGACAACGUCCAGGCGGAAUACGUCACCGACACCGCCGCGGAUAUCCUCGAGAUUGUCGAGGCGCAGGACGCCAGGGACAAGGCCAACCACGAGAAACUCUCGAGGGCGGUCUUCGGGGACGAUCCGGAGAACGGCGGGGUGGGUUUACUGCCCCGCGCGCAGAAGACCGAGGCUGACGUCGCGCGCUUGCAGCGCCAGGAGCUUCGGAUCCGCGACGACAUCGACGGCGUCAACGAGCGACACGAGGAGCUGCGCGCGGAGGUGGAGUCCGCCCAGUGCCUGCACGCGGUCGACGUCGAGUCCAUCCAGGCGGAGCUCGACGCCGGCGCCGCGGACCGCGCCGCCAUCUUCGACGACGUGGAGCACAAGGUGAAGGAGCAGAUCAAGCGGCUGCGCGAGGAGAACGUCGCGAGCAUGAAGACGAUCGAGGCGGGCAUCGACGACAAGUUUGUCGACUUUCGAACCAAGUUCGGUCGCAAGCUCGGCGCGCUCGAGUACACCACGGAGGAGUUCCAGGACUUUGUCGUGCACCAGCACCUGGAGAACGAGGCUAUCCGCAUCGACGCGGAGACGUACGCGGAGGCUCGGUUGGGAGCCGAGCAGGACAAGCGGCUCGCCGCGCUCGCCGACCUCAAGCAGCACGUCGCCGGCAUCGUCGCCGACGAGGCGAACCAACGGCGUUUGGGCGACUCCGACCUCAGGCGCGCGCUGGAGGAUGACAUCGCGGACCUCGAGGACACCGCCGCCGACGCCGUCCGCGAACUCCGCGAGGGUCUUCGAAACGAAAUUUCCGAGCGAAGGCACGAGAGCGAGUCGCUUCACAGGGACCUGGGCGACGCUCUCGACGCCGCGAGGAGCCGACUCGAGGCGGACGUUCGCGCCUUGGAGGAGCAGGCCUCGGGGAACAUCGCGGCGCAGAAGCUCGAGGAGGAGAUCAUGCGCGCGGAGCUCGACGACGCGAUGCAGUGUCUGCAGGAUGGCGUCGAGGAGGUCAAGGCGAAGGUUGGCGAGGGCGUUAGGGAGGCGCUCGGGUCGGAGAUUGAGAAGCUGAAGGGGGAGUGUCGGGUCAUGGUGGAGGAAUCCGGGGCGGAGGCAAAGACUGAGAUGGCAAAGGUGAGAAAGGAGACGGAGGACACGAUGAAGGAGCGGUUGAAGGACGUGGUGACCUCGCUGACGGAGCUGACUGAGGAUGUGGAGGCGGUGAAGGCGAGAGCGGCCGCCGCGCCGGCGGCUGCACCCGCGCUGGCGGCUGCACCCGCGGCGGCGGCGGCGGCGGAGCCCGCACCCGAGCCCGUGGCUGCAGAGGAGGCUCCUGCGGCUGAGGAAGCUCCUGCAGAGGCUCCUGCGGCUGAGGAAGCUCCCGCGGAGGAAGCUCCCGCGGGGGAAGCUGCGGCUGAGGAGGCUCCCGCCGAGGAGGCUGCGGCUGAAGAGGCUCCCGCCGAGGAGGCUGCGGCUGAAGAGGCUCCCGCCGAGGAGGCUGCGGCUGAAGAGGCUCCCGCCGAGGAGGCUGCGGCUGAAGAGGCACCCGCCGAGGAGGCUGCGGCUGAAGAGGCACCCGCCGAGGAGGCUGCGGCUGAAGAGGCACCAGCCGAGGAGGCUGCGGCUGAGGAGGCACCCGCCGAGGAGGCUCCCGCCGAGGAGGCGCCUCCCGCGGAGUAAUAA